AUGCUCUGCGCACGCCCAGGCUUGCACCAACCCUCGGCGAGGUGGCACGGGCGGGAGAUGAUCAAAAAGCCGAGGGGUCGGGCGGUGAUUGGCUGGUGCGUGCCGGCCGAGGCGGUGAGACGGGAGUCGUCGGGGGACGCGGGGCGGGGUGAUCGGGGAGCUGGCGUUCGCACGGGUUCACCCCAGCGCCCUGGGGUACAUAUACGGCCACUCCCUCCUUCCACCGCCUCGUCCCGUCUACUCGACGUCGUCCUCUGCCUCUCCUCCUCACCGCCACCUUCUCCGUCCUCUAUGCCCGACCUUCCGUCGACUCCCCGCAAGUCCGUCUCCUCCACCUCCGCCCAGCUCAGAUCCUCCCAAAAGAAAUCCGGAGCGCCCAAGCCGAAAGGCGCCGUCCGCGCCAAGUCGGGCUGCUACACCUGUCGCAUCCGCAGAAAGAAAUGCGACGAACAACCGAACACUGAGGGCGCCUGCCAGACCUGCGUCCGUCUUCGCCUGCAGUGUCUCGGUUUCGGUGCAAAGCGUCCAGACUGGAUGAGAGAGAACAAUAGCGUCACCGAGCUCCGCGAGAAGAUCAAGACCUUCCUCGCCUCCCAGGGAAUGAUCAAGGGCCAUUCUGGCUCGGGCCCUCGCGCCUCUGAACAGGAGCCGCAGAUGCUCGUCCUCGUCGACAACCUGCGCGCAUCCCCCUCCAGCCCUCCCACUCCCACUCUGUCUGCAAGCUCCAGCGAUGGCCACCGGCCACACAACGGCCUCGCAACGUCCUUCGUUCGCGACGGCUCCCAUUACCCCCCAAUGCAGCCCGAGCCUCCAUACUCUGCCUCCAGCUGGCAACCCCAUAUUCCCGACAUGGGGCAUCAUGACCCGUCGAUGGCUCGGAGCACCACCAUGCUGCCGAACUUGUCCGACAUGUAUCCCACACCAUCCACUUCUAUGUUACCGUCUUCUACUAGUCUAGUGCCCUUGUCUUCCUCGUCGUCGUCCUGGCUCCCGGCGGGUGGUUCGUCUUCUGCGCAACACGCACAGCAACAAACUGUUUCAACAUACCUUUCCCCGGCAUCUUCGAGCACGCCCUUCUCAGCGUACUACAAUUUCACCUACGACGACGAAGACCUCAACGAUACCACCAGCCCGACGGGCCCUGUGAUACCCCCUACAUUGAAUGGCUAUGCCUUGCCCAUCGCCGCAGAACACUCUGAUAUGAUCCAGUACUACCUCCAAAAUGUGCUCCCCAUCCAGUAUCUGCUGGCGGAUUCGUCCAUCAGCGCCUUCAUGCUCAGGCUGCUCCAGGAGAGCUCGUCUGCGCGAGACGCCGCAUGCGCGCUCUCGUCGCUCCACCUGCAAUGCGUGCGCUUCCCCUCGCGCGCUCACUCCUCGGACGUAACGGCCAUCUUCCGGCGCAUCGAGAGCACCCUGUCCUCCAAGAGCCGGUACAACGAGGGCGACGCGAUGGCGGGGCUGCACAUCGUGUCGACGUUCCUCUUCACCGGCGGGCGGGGCGCGUGGAUGCCGUACCUCGACAUCGCGAGCCAGUUCGUGGACAGCGUGCUCACGAACCCGCGGUUCUACGGGCCAGAAGAGGUGCUCCGCCGCUGCUCCGAGUCGACGCGGUUCAUCAUCAAGACGACGAUGUGGUUCGACGUGCUGGCGAGCGUGACGACGCAGCAGGUCCCGCGCUUCCUCGCGACGUACCGCCAGCUCUUUGGCCGCAGCGGCGCGUACAUCGACGACCCGCUCGCGUCCGCGCCCGAGAUCUCGAUGCUGCCCGUCAUGGGCUGCGAGAACCACAUCGUGCUCGCGAUCGCGGAGAUAUCGAGCCUCGCGCACUGGAAGGAGAGCCACCGCGCGCGCGGCUGCCUCAGCGUCCCCCGCCUCGUCGAGCGCGGCGUCGACAUCGAGAACCGCUACCUCUCCGCGAGCGCAGGUGCGUACGCGCCGCCCGACCCGAGCUCGCUCGCCGCGGACCCCGACGUCGCCGCGCGCCGGCAGCUCACGAACGACAUCUUCCGCGCGUCCGCGCGCGUGUACCUGCACACCGUCCUCUCCGGCGACUUCCCGUCGUGCCCGGAGAUCAUCGCGGGCGUCGCGGAGACGAUCGAGUGCCUGCGCCGCGUGCCGACGCACCUGCCCGCGGUCUCGCGCGGCGUGGUGCGCAGCGUCGUGUUCGGGAUAUGCAUCUGCGGGUGCCUCACGGACGACCCGCGCCACCGCGCGUUCCUCCUCAAGAUGCUCGAGUCGCAGCAGGGCGAGUCCGUCGGGAACGUGUCCGAGGUGCGCAAGCUCAUGGAGGACGUGUGGGCCCGCCGCGAGCGCAACCAGGGAGGGCCCGUCAAUUGGCGCGACGUGAUGCGCGAGUCGCAGCGGGACCUGCUGCUGCUCGUCUAG